UUAUUCGUUCAAAUGAGAUUGUGGGAUAAUUUGGAUCGAAAUUCGACAUAAAUAGAAUAACUAAUAAAAUGAUUGUUAUGCUGAUUACUUCAGACGUCAAUAAUAAAUUUAUUAAAAAAGGAAAACGUUAGGUACUAAUUCAUUAGUGACGCUAAGUUAAGUGGCCACUCUGUAAUAAUGGCUUCACUUGUUUGGACUUUGGAGUGGGGAAGAAAAAGUCGAAGAAAACGCAAAAAACGGCUAUUGUAUUGCAAUGGAUUAUUGUAUUAAUUCCUACAUCUCCACCACAUUGAAUUAGCAAAGCAAAAAACACCAUUAUCGUUAAACACUGAUUAGUCAGCUCUUUAUCUCUCUCUCUCAUUAAGCGCCACUAAUCUCGUUUUUGUUAUUGAUAAACUUUCUUAAUAUAGUUUCAACAAGAAGACAAUCACGGAUAAGAAAUAGAGGAAUACAUUACUCAGUAUAUUUGUUUAGAACUUUAGAUUCCCAGGAAUUAAUUAAAAAGAAGAAGAAGAAAAAAAAACUGAAGUUCUUACUCAAUUAAUUGCCUGAAUUAUCAGAUUCCUUUCAGGAACCAGUAGCCAAAAGCUCUGAUUUGUCAGUCUCCCAACGAAGAAAAGAAAAGAUAAACUGCUUUUUCCUCUAGAAAAGAUGAUUACUUUCUUGCGGGAAUAGAUAUAUAAUAGUGUUUUUUCCCCCUUCUCAUUUAUGUAUCAAAGUUAAUCAUUUUCCAGAUAAUUCAACCCUUUUUUUCUCUGUGAUUUGUUCGUUUUCUCUCUCGGCCAAGUGCCAGCAGCCAGUCGGGCUCUCUUCUCUUUGCCUUGGCGAUCUGAUCUGAAAGAAAGAAGAGAAGAACAAAAGGGGUUUCACUUUCUCCUCUUUCUGAGUUGGGUUUUGGGUCUUUUGAGGCAGCAGCAGCUGCGAGUGUCGAUUCUUGAGAUUUCUCUAUCUCUCUGCCUAUUUCCUUUCGCUUCCUCUUCUGCUUCUGCCAUUUGGGUGUGCUUGUACAGUCAUGCAAGAUUGCUUCUUUCUGCACUCCUACCCUUGCAUUUUUGGCUGCUGCUCUCUUCUUCUGCUUCAAACCAGGUAUAGCCUUUUCUUGGGCUACUGUUUGGUACACAAUAAGGGGUUUCUGUGUGUAAAGUUCGCAGCUUUUGGUUUGUUCUUCAUGUCUUGACUGCUACAUUCUUGUUCUACUCCUCUGGAAUCUGAAGGGUUGUUUUCUGUUUCCUGUGUGCGUGAGGAAGGUCUAUUUUCUGUGUGUGAAGAAAGCAAUGACGAUUUCUUGGUGUUUUGUGUGUUUAAUUUGGGAUAUCUUGCUGAAAGAGAUAAAAGGGGGGACUGGUUUUUGGAUUGUCUUCAUUGCUUGCAAAUAUCAUAUGCCGUAGUCUUUUACAGUAUCAAUCCUCGACUUGUGUUCUAUGUUUCUAUCUUGUUUCCACCGAUUGUGGGUUGGACUUUGUUUCUCUAUUGUGUCACCAGUCCAUCAAUAAUUCAUCAUCAGUAGUAAUCGGAUCUCUUAGGGGGUAUAUUUCUAUUAUCCUAAGCAGCAGUAAUGUGGAUCUGCUCCAAUUUUCUCUUGGAGGGAAGGUUUUAUUUUGUCCCACUUGAUUUUGUCUGGUACAGGAAUCCUAGAAAUUGUAGCGUUCCCUUGAUUUGUUUUUUUGGGUGGUAGUGAAUGAAUGAGUACAAUUAGUCGGUUGCAGUUUAAAAUCCUCAGGAUAUACUCUUUGUUAAUGGCUACAAGCUCUAGCAUCUCAUAUAAUCAAUCAAUCCCUUUGUGUUUCAGUUCUGGUUUUUGAGUUACUGCUCCUCUCUCCAUGGCGUCAUUGGUUGAUGAUGGAGGAGUUUGCCCUUCAACAAAAACCAGCAAGAAAUCAUCUGUUCCAAGAGUCCCCAGUAGCCCUCCUUUGAGCUCCUGCUCAACAUCUCGGUCUCAGCCUUCUAAACAGAUGUCCUCAUACUCUAAUGGUUAUAUGGAUCAUGCGAUGAAGGGUGGUUCUGAUCAAGGAUUCGACGAGCCAUCCCACAAAACUGCUAAACAUUUCUUCAGCUCAAGUAGUAAGGAACAAGAGCCGGACUUCACUAUGCCAUCUUCUACUGUUGAUAAGAAGGAUUCAGUGUUAGUAGUAGAGUCCACUUGUGAUGAUCACGAGACGUCCACUACUACUACUUCAGAUGGCUCAAUCGAAUCUGGAACAGAUUUGGGCAGUGGUCAGAAUAACAACAACCGUGCACCUUUGCCAUCUCGACCUGUUGGAGGCCUUUGUUCGAGCCCUUCAAAUAGCGUCUACACAGGCACAUUGUACGCAGAGGCGAAACAGAGCUUCACCAACAGUGAAGAAGCGAGCACAAACAUCGAGAGCAGGAAGACUAGCAGCAUCUACAGAGCCAGCACGGGGAGUGAUGUCAGUGACGAGAGCAGCACGAGCAGUUUGAGCAGCAGCACAUUGUACAAGCCUCACAAGGCAAAUGGUGAUGUGAGGUGGGAGGCAAUCCAGGCUGUCAGGGCCCAUGUUGGAGGAGCUCUCGAGCUGAAGCACUUUCGAGCUGUGAAGAAGCUCGGGUGUGGGGACAUAGGUAAUGUUUAUCUUUCCGAGUUGACCAGCACCAGGACGUAUUUUGCAAUGAAGGUCAUGGAUAAGUCGUGUUUGGCGGCUCGGAAGAAGCUUCUGAGGGCCCAGACGGAGAGGGAGAUUCUGCAAUCGCUGGAUCAUCCGUUUUUGCCCACUUUGUAUUCUCACUUCGAGACCGAGAAAUGGGCUUGCUUGGUGAUGGAGUUCUGCCCUGGUGGUGACCUCCAUUCCCUCAGGCAAAGGCAACCUGGAAAGUUCUUCCCUGAGCAUGCUGCCAGGUUCUAUGUUGCAGAGGUCCUCCUUGCUAUGGAGUACCUGCACAUGCUUGGGAUCAUAUACCGAGACCUGAAGCCUGAGAAUGUCUUAGUACGAGAAGACGGCCACAUCAUGCUCUCAGACUUCGACCUCUCCCUCAGAUGUGCUGUCUGCCCAACUCUCGUCAAAUCGUCUAAACCCAACUCAACCGUCGACUCCAAGAACUCUGGAUACUGUGCUCAGCCGUCCUGCAUCGAGCCCACCUGUGUGAUCCAGCCAGACUGCAUUCAGCCAGCCUGCUUCGGACCACGGUUCAUGUCUAGAAAGAAGAACAAGAACAAGAAGAGCAGCAGCACCAACAGUAACAGCAAGUCGAGGCACGAGGUGAAUCAUCAGGUGAACCCACUCCCAGAGCUGAUGGCGGAGCCCACCAACGCACGAUCCAUGUCGUUCGUGGGGACCCACGAGUACUUAGCACCAGAGAUCAUAAAGGGGGAAGGACAUGGAAGCGCUGUUGACUGGUGGACUUUUGGGAUAUUUCUGUAUGAGCUGUUGUUUGGUAAGACUCCAUUUAAAGGAGCUGGGAAUAGGGCCACAUUGUUCAAUGUGAUCGGUCAGCCAUUGAAGUUCCCUGAAACUCCCAGUGUGAGCUUUGCUGCUAGGGACUUGAUCAGAGGGCUGCUUGUGAAGGAGCCACAGCACAGGCUUGCUUAUAGACGGGGAGCUACUGAGAUCAAGCAGCAUCCUUUCUUUCAGAGCAUUAACUGGGCACUGAUUCGGUGCACUAGCCCUCCUGAGGUGCCAAAGCAGGCCAUGGCGGACAUAUUGAGAGCAGAGAAGGUGGCGGCUGCGACGGCUGGUGGUGGUGUGAAUGGAGGAGUUGGUGGUGGGAAUGUGGAUGUGAAGCCUGCAGGUAAUUAUUUGGACAUUGAUUUCUUUUGAGUUGUGCUGUUGUAGAGUUGGGGCUUUUGUUGCAGCAUCCUCUGAUGCUGCUGAUUGAUGAUGAUCAAUUGUAAUGUGGGUGUCCUUUUCUCAUUGGGGAGAAAAUCAGGCUAUAUGAAAAGGGAAGAGAACCUGUGAAGGAAUGGGGGAAGAUUGUGGGAGUGUGUAGUGAUGGAUGGAAUGAACGUGUAAUCAGCUUUCAUCUCAAUGCAAAACACACAUCCAUUGACCAUUGUGGUUGGAAUUAGGUGUUUGGUUAGGUUUCAGACUGUCACAAAAUGUUCAUCUAUGUGCUCAAUUCAAUCAAUUGGUUCAUGGAAUGAAAUACCAGUGCAAGGUAAACACCUAUUUCAGCUUUCAUUAACCACAUAUGAGGUCUAAUAUAUCAUUAGAAAAUCCAAGCAUGAAGCCUCAAAUCAUUGCCAUUUUGCAUGUGAUUUGGAUGCUCGGCCAACUCGGCAUGUCCAAGAAUGGGAACUCGAGUGGUUUCAUAGCUGUCCUUUAAUGUUUAAUCCCAAGCCCAAAAACAAUUGCCAAAUUUUUUGGUUGGCUGAUUCCCCAAUCAAGAUUUCAGAUAUUAAACACUUUUCCUUAUUGGAAUUCAGCAUCGAGUCUAAUCCCAAUAUUUGACCCACUUGGCAAGCUUUUAAUUUUUUUUUUAAUACUGGCAAGCUUUUAAUUAAUUAGGACCCAGAUAGAUUUUUUUUAAUUAUGAUUCAGUACAUGUGUUGUGGCGCUCUAUUAUGAUCAAAUAGCAAAAUUUUAUAUUUGAGAACCAAACUUAAAUUGAUCUAUGAUUUUAAAUUUCUAUUUCUAAAUAAGGGGAAUGUCAUUUCACGACGAUGGCCUAGCCGCGAGAUGUCUAAUAAGCACGCCUCAAUCUUUUUUUUUUUUUGACAAUAAAGGGUAUGAUAUUGCCUAUCACUUGGUUGCAGUUACAACAAAGGGAAAAGAACAUCGAGCACAGUAACCCAGUCAAUGGGGAGGCAAUCUCCAGCACAUGAUCUAGUAACCCAAUCAGCUUUGACAUUGAAAGAAAGCUUAACAUGAGAAACUUUGAUCAACAGGUGACGAAAGAGGAUGUCUCUCAUGACACCUAACCAAGCAAAGAUUCUCCAAGGCCAUCGCGAAGGAGCCGCUUGCAAGGCUUUCGUGAUGAUCAAGCAAUCCAUCUUGAUAAGGGACUAGAUAGUGUGACAACACCCCUUGUGUUGUUAUUCUAACAACACUAGUCUCCAACCAAUAGGAAGCUAGGAUUGUGAUGACUUUUUAUUAAAUGAGUUGAACUAGUGUAAAAUCAAAGCAGGGGUAUAAUUGUCAUUAUGAAAAAUCUGUUUAAAAAAUAAAAAAUAAAAAAAAUUAAUUUUUUUUUUAUUUUCUGCCAAAAAAUUUGGUAGCCGGAAUUCUCGCAGGAAACUGGUCGUCGGAAUUCUCGCCGGAAACUGGUCGUCGGUCACCGGAAUAUGCUUUUUGUCGCCGGAAUAAGCUAUUUGUCGCCGGAAUAUGCUUACCGGUGUCGGAAUAUGCUUACCGGCGUCGGAAUCUAGUCAUCGGAGCCGGAAUAUGCCUAUCGGCGUCGGAAUCUGCAUUGUGGGGUUUCUAGUUUGUUUUCUGGUGUACUUUCGCAAAUGUUGUGGUUUGCAUUGUGGGGUUUCUAGUUUGUUUUAGGAUAUUUGUGGUAUGCAUUAGCAGGUUUCUGGUUUGCAUUAAGAAGUUUCUGAUGUGCUUUUGAAACUUUAUUGGUUUGCUUUGCGAGAUUUCUGGUUUGUUUUAAUUUAUUUGUGGUUUGCUUUGCGAGGUUUCUGGUUUGUUUUAAUAUAUUUGUGGUCUGCAUUAGGACGUUUUUGGUUUGCUUUACCGUGUUUGUGGUUUGCAUUAACAAUAGUUUCACUUUGACCCUUACUGAAGAAAUGGUGAGGUUGCAA